AUGGUUGUCACUACGCAAAAUCUUAAAGAUGACAAGGGCCCUAAGAUCCUGGCAGUGGUGUGGACGUUGACGUCUUUCACCCUUAUGAUGGUCGUUGCUCGAGUCUUCAUUCGCUUGAAGAUGCUCAAGAACUUCGGCAUCGAUGACUACCUGAUUGUAGUUGCCAUGGCAUUGGGCCUUGCCUAUUGUGGAGCAACGACAGCAUCGGUGUAUUAUGGCUUUGGAAAACACAUGGUUGAAGUUGAGGAACAUGGAAAUCUGGUCAUGGCCAUGUUACUCAACAAUGUCAGUUUUUUAUUGGGAAUCCUGUCGUUCACGAUCCCAAAAAUUGCAGUGACAUCCAUGCUUACAAGGAUUAUGAAUCCUGGUUUAAUCCAAAAGAUCAUUCUUUGGACGUUGGUUUCAACUGCUGCUGCCGUGUCUUGUAUUUGUAUCGUCAUACUCUUCACCAUGUGUGAUCCACCCCGCGCUUUGUGGACACCGGCACUCCAGGAGUCGGGCGAGGCAACAUGCAAGAGCACUUGGAUGCUUAUCAAUUAUGCUAUCUUCACCGGUGCUAUUUCUGCUUCAGUUGAUCUUUACCUCGCCAUUUACCCCAUGACCGUUCUCAUGAAACUGCAAAUGUCCCUGCGCAAGAGGGUCGCUCUCUCCGCCGCCUUGGGACUAGGUGCGAUCGCAGCAGCUAUGGCCAUUGUGAAAUGCACACAGCUGCAUGGACUUGCAGACAAAUCCGACUAUACUUAUGGAACAGCAGACCUCAUUUUAUGGACUAAUAUCGAAGCCAACGUCGUCGCCAUUGCCUCCUGCAUCCCCACUCUCCAACCUCUCCUCGAGAUCAUCCUCGGCAAACGGACACUAGGCUCAUACAGCAAUGGCAAUAGCGGAGGUUACAAAAAGCAAAGCAGCAACUGGAAUGCAUCAUCUAACGAUAGAAGCAAGAGAUCGGCUGCACGGAAAGAUGACUUAGCUAUUACCAAUGUUGAGAGCCAAGAAAGUAUCCUUGGUUCAGAUGGAGGGAAGAAUGGCCAUGUGCAGGAGAGCUCUAACGAGAUCCACAUGAGUCCCAUUGCCAUCCGACGGACAGACAACUUUACGGUGGACUAUGAGUCGCGGCCUCAAGCUGGAGAUAGCACGCACGGCUCAUGGUAA